CUGAACACAACCUUCUAUGUAUGUCAAAUAAUAUAUAUUCAACACUUUUUUUUAAAGAGUUAUAUUUCAUUUUAUAACUUGGAAGUACAGUCUUACUAGAUGGGAGAGGCAAGAACUUGUACCGUGGGAGACCCUGUGAGGAACAGGUGCCGCCACCCCUCAUCGAGAAGAAGAGGGUAAAGAUGAAGCAGUACGUGGUCACCAGGCCACUCUACUCAGAGGACGCCUUCGCAGACGUACAUGAGAAGAUCCACAGGCACCAUAAGACCGUGCGGCACCAUGUCAAGCAGUAUUUCACUUGUGACCUCAAGCGCGCUAAGAACGCAAUGCUCUCUCUGCUGCCUUUCAUUGGUUGGAUGAGAAUCUACCAGCUGAAGGAAUGGUUGCUGAGUGAUAUUGUAUCUGGGGUCAGCACUGGACUGGUAGCUGUUCUACAAGGUCUGGCAUACUCCCUGCUGGCCUCCCUCCCUCCAUGGUACGGACUCUUCACUGCCUUCUUCCCAGUGAUCGUCUACUUCUUCCUUGGCACUUCCAGACAUAUCUCAGUAGGGGCGUUCCCUGUUCUGAGCCUCAUGGUGGGUGCAGUGGUGACGAGGCUUGUGCCUGACGAAGGCCCCCCAGUCAACAUCACUGGGUUUGAGGGGCUGACCAGCGAUGAGCAGAGAGUAAUGGUGGCCGCCUCUGUCACCUUCCUCAUGGGGAUAAUGCAGCUGGCCAUGGGUCUGCUGCAGGUAGGCUUCAUCGUCAUGUACCUGUCAGACACGCUGGUGUCUGGGUUCACCACCGCGGCUGCUGUCCACAUCCUGGUGUCCCAGCUGAAGUUUGUGUUGGGCCUGGUGGUACCGGGACUCAGUGGACCGCUGUCGAUCGUUUAUACCCUGGAGAAGAUCUUUGUCCAGAUCGAGAAGACCAACGUGUGUGACCUGGUGACGUCCAUACUGAUCAUGGUGGUGGUGUUCAUAGUGAAGGAGAUCAACGAUAGAUACAAAGCCAAGCUGCCUGUUCCCAUCCCCAUAGAGGUUAUCAUGACUGUCAUCGCUUGUGGCGUUUCCUAUGCAUUCAACUUCCGGGUGAAUUAUAAAGUUGAUGUUGUCGGCCGUAUUCCAGUGGGGUAUGAGUCCCCUAUGGGCCCGAACAUGCAGAUCUUCGGGCAGACUGCUGUUGAGGCGUUCCCUAUGGCCAUAGUGGGCUUUGCUGUAGCCUUCUCUGUCGCCAAGGUCUACUCAGUCAAACACGAUUACAUCAUAGACGGAAAUCAGGAGCUGAUAGCUUUUGGGGCCAGUAACAUCAUUGGAGCAGCCUUUAAGUCAUUUGCAGCAAGCACAGCUCUCUCCAGGAGUGCGGUACAGGAGAGUACAGGUGGUAAAACCCAGAUUGCUGGGCUACUGUCAGCGCUCAUCGUGAUGGUCGUCACCUUGGCUAUCGCGUUCUUAUUGGAGCCACUCCCAAAGUCGGUGCUGGGGGCAGUGGUCAUAGUCAACCUGAAGGGGAUGUUGAUGCAGAUCAGAGAAGUCCCUUACCUGUGGAGGAGAGACCGGCCCGACUGUGUGGUGUGGCUGGUGACCUGCCUGGCUUCCAUCCUGUUGGGGCUGGAUCUGGGGCUGGCUGUAGGCCUAGGGAUCGAGCUGCUCACCGUUGUCUUCAGGGCUCAGUUCCCACGUUGCAGUGUCCUAGCCAAUAUCACAGGAACAGAUAUCUACAAAGACCGCAAGGAUUACAUGAGAAUCUAUGAGCCAGAGGGUGUGAAGAUCUUCAGGAUACCGUCACCCAUCUUCUUUGCCAAUAUAGAUUUUUUCAGAGGCAAGCUGGUGGAAGCUGUGGGCUUUAACCCUUUGAGGGUGUUGAGAAAGAGAAACAAAGCCCUGAGGACGAUCAGGAAACUUCUAAAGAAAGGAGAGCUGCAGAUGACAUCUAAAGGCCUACUGCUCACCAGCUCUGGUCCCAUUGAGGAGUCUGAGGAUGAGAGCAACAUGGAGGAUCUGGACCAGCCCACUGACUUCAAGGACCUUCCUGUCCAGGUGAACUGGAACUCUGAGCUUCCUGCCAACAUCCAUGUCCCCAGAGUAGACGUCCACAGCCUGAUCCUGGACUUCUCAGCCGUCUCCUUCCUCGACAUCUCUGCCCUCAAGGGACUCAAAGCGGCACUCAAAGAGCUCAUUCGGGUUGAAGUUGAGGUCUACAUUGUGGCAUGUGACGCGUACAUCCUGAAGAAACUGCACAGCUGUAUGUUCUUUGACGACGAGGUGAAGUCGUCCAUGUUUUUCCUGACUCUCCACGAUGCCAUGCUGCAUAUCCUGGAGAAACAUCCAGUAGACUCUGAAAACACAAAAGUCUUUGAAAAGGUUAUAACAACAGCCACUAUCCAUGGCAACCAAUGCAAUGGUGUGUCAAGUUUGCGUAGCAGGGACAGAUUUGUACAUGUCUCAGAGUCAGAAACCAAGUUCUAGUUCCAGAACUACACUCUCAGAUGUCAGUAUUUUAAGGGUUCUUCGAUUGUCCCUUUCCACAGAUGGGUCUACAUGGAACCCAAAAGAGGUCUACCUGGAACCAAAAAGGGUUAUAUUUGGAACCAAAAAGGGUUCUCCUGUGGGGAUAGCUGAAGAACCCUUUUGGAACCAUUUUUCUAAGAGUGUAGUGGUGUGUACGGUACUUUCAUUUCCUGGGAUGGCAUGCAUUUCCUGUGAUCGCUGUGCUUUCUGGUGAUAAUUGACAUAAGACACAUGAUACUGUCCAAAAAUGGACACCAUACAGUAACCAUAUGUACACAGGACACCACUUAUUGAGCUAAUAAUUGUACAUAAAAUAUAUUUGAUUUUCUUUUGUACUGUUAAACAGAUACUCUAUGGCAAGUGUUAUGAGAUUUUGAAAGAAAUAUCAGAAAACGUCAUUCAUUUAUUUAUUUUUAAAUAGCUCGACCAUGUUGCAUUUUAUAUGUGUGCAUAGGGAUUUUAUAGGAAUGUUCACUUUGAUGUAUUUUAUGUGUAAAAUAAAUGUACUUCUUAGCGCAAAGUA